AUGUCUGCCACCUCCGACGCGGCACCGACUGUAGAUGUCUGGAGUCGCGAGGCUCUCAGUAUUUUAGAGGCGAAUAUCACAGAUGCAGCGAGCGCUAUUGAUUCUGCGCUGCUACAGCUCCAGAGGCACACAGAGCGCCUCAUCUCCCUUGAAUCUGAGUCUGAUUAUCUGCGGCUACAAAUUGAGCACUGCUCUGCAUCGUUUUCUAUGUUAUUCAUGCCUCAGGAUGUGGCCCGACAACUGUUUAUCAGGCCACUGAUCAAUCUUCCUGAAGACUUCACGCAAGGCCUAGUUGAAGCCAGAACUAUACUGUCCGAUAUCAACGGGCUGACCGUGGAACGUCGGCGGCUCCGCAAUGAGACAGUAAAACUCUUCAGUCGGACGUUUGCAGAACUAACUGCAGCGAACGACAGACCGCCGCAACCUGCGAGGAACGGAAUCAUCCAACAACACUUUGCUCGGCUGUGGGACAUCAGACAGGUCCUGACAACUCAGCACGAACAGAUGGAGCAUUUGAGAAAGAAGCUUGUGGUUCAAAUCGGUUCCUUGAUCGCUGCCCCAGAAUUCCUCCCGGAUCAGGCUGGCUCGCCGAUCAACGUAGUUGAUCUCAGAACUGCCCUUCAGGCAUUCAUCGACCUCUGCCGGGGUGCUCGAGCACACAGCAGGUUUCUCAGAGUCGCGUCCGUGCGCGACUCAGGACUAGCACUAAGCAACGAAACAAAGUGA